GUGUGUGUAGCCUGUUGCAGCAUGUCCUUUCUUCUCAGCUCCUCAGAAAGUUGAAUCUAACUGUAGCUCUUUCACACUUCACUGCAGGACUCUAGCAGUUUGACUUCCAAAGCAACAAUGCAGCCUAUUCCAUGACCUCCACUCACACUGGCCUGGAGGAGCGACAACAGCUUAUCCACAUUGCCUUGUGACACUGUGCCGCCCCCCCUUUAUACACUUCAAGAUUUGCUUGUUUUGCUUAAAAGACAAGAGGAGCAUGUGUCAGAUCAAGCUGCAAAGCUGCAAAGAGACUGAGAGUGGGUUACAAAAGUGUUGUAGGGUUCGAAUCCUGGACUUGGAAUUAAGAUGGCCUCACAUGGUUCCUGGAUCUUUGAAGCGGCAGCCUACAUGAAUAAAACCAAGCUAUAUAUCUCAGUAUGAAGGUGGUGUUGACUGCAAAAGAGAAGUAACGUGGUGAGGCUGAGGUUAAAAAGCGCGGGCAGAAGUCCAGUAUUUUACAGUGUCAUUGUUUGAGAGACUAAGAGUGGCCUUGUGCUGUAGCAGAGACUUGAAGCGCUAACGACAUGUUGUUCCUCCUCAUCUUGUCUGUUUGGGGGCCAGCUGUAUUGACUUCUGGCCAGGGUUGGCCUUUGUACAGCACACCACGGAAAACGGUUUCUCUGAGCAGUGACAGAGGACAUGUUUUUCAAGAGGAGGGAGUGUGGAAUUACUCCACCAUGCUCCUGAGAGAAGACACUGGUGUGCUCAUCCUGGGAGCUCGAGAGGCCAUCUUUGCCCUGGACCUCACAAACAUCACCCACAAGAAGGCUAUGGUAAAGUGGGCGGUGACUCCAGAUAUGCAGAAGACAUGUUCAUACAAAGGGAAAAGUUUGGAGACCGAAUGUCGUAAUUACAUCCGGAUCCUUCAUAAAAUGCCAGACGGCAGGAUGUAUGUGUGUGGUACCAAUGCUUUCAAUCCAACCUGUGAUUUAAUGUCUUAUACAGACGGCAACCUGGCUCUGGAAAAUAAACAAAAUGAUGGGAAGGGGAAGUGUCCAUUUGAUCCUUUCCAGAGAUACGCCUCUGAACUUGUCGAUGGAGAGCUGUACUCUGCUACAUCUGUGAAUUUCCUGGGCUCAGAACUGGCUAUGAUGCGAAGCUCAGAUGACACUGUACGAACUGAAUUCAUAACCUCCUGGCUCAGUGAGCCCAAUUUCAUUGGCAUGAAGCACGUUGCUGAAGGAAAGGAAAACCCAGAGGGGGACGAUGACAAGAUUUACCUCUUCUUUAGUGAAACAGCUGUGGAAUACGACUCCUACAAUAAGCUGGAAGUGUCAAGGGUGGCUCGUGUCUGUAAGGGGGAUAUGGGAGGAGAGCGGACAUUGCAGAAGAAGUGGACUUCAUUCCUAAAGGCUCGUCUGGACUGUCCUGUCCCUCAAAGCAAAUUGCCUUUAAUUAUACAGGAUGUUUUCCUCUUCUGUUCAGGCCCCUGGAGAACCUGUGUGUUCUAUGGAGUCUUCACUCCUCAGACGAGCACAUCGCAGUACUCUGCAGUGUGUGCCUAUGGGAUACAAGACACCAGGAAAGUGUUCUCUGAAGGCAAAUUCAAAACACUGUAUAAUGUUAAUUCCAUUUCAAAAUGGGUGACGUACAAUGGAGAAGUGCCUGACCCCCGUCCUGGAGCUUGUAUUAACAAUAACGCAAGGCAGAAAGGGUUUUCCAAGUCCGUGCAUUUGCCUGAUAAAACCCUUCAGUUUGUCAGAGACAAGCCUCUGAUGGAUCAGGCAGUGACUCCGUCCUCUCACCGGCCCCUACUGGUGAAGAAAGGAGCUGCAUUUACACGUAUAGUGGUGGCCAGCACUACUGCCCUGGAUGGGAGCAGCCAUCAGGUCAUGUUUAUUGGCACAGCAAGCGGUUCAGUGCUGAAAGCAGUCGACUAUAAUGGAGAGAUGGUGAUCAUAGAGGAGAUGCAGCUCUUUAAUCAUUCUGACCCAGUGAAGAUACUGCGCCUCUCCACCACCACGGGUCAGCUGUAUGCAGGCUCCGAGGCGGCAGUGGUGCAGGUGCCGCUGAGUGCAUGUGGCCAUUACAUCUCCUGUAUGGACUGUGUGCUGGCCAGAGACCCGUACUGUGGCUGGGACUUCUCCUCCAACAGCUGCAUUGCCAUAAACAACACUCACCAAGAGACAAACAGUGAGGUGAUUCAGAGUCUGAGAGAUGGAAAUGCCACACAUUGUCCUCCAGUCGAGAGCACAAAGACCAUUAAAAACUUCUACCCGGGUAGUAUGGUAGAGCUGCAGUGCCAACCUGGAUCAAACCGGGCCCAAGUGAAGUGGCUUGUCAACAAUCAUCCAGUUAAAAACUCCAACAUGCACCACAUUCAACAAAACAGCCUGUUGAUCCUCAAUGCCACAGACAGCGACAUGGGCCAUUACACCUGCACCUCUGAAGAGACCUCCAAUGGCAAAACGUAUGUCACCCAAAUUAUUAUGUAUGAGCUGAGGCUGGAGGACUUCACGGGGCCUCCUUCAAUCCAGCCACUGGUCAAGGAACAGCAGAACACCCUCUUGGCUCUCAAAGUUCUAGUGGUCAUCUCAACAUUGAUGUUAUUUACGCUUGUGUCAUGGAACGUCUACAAAGGGUAUUUUCCCAUCCUGAGAUACUUCAGUAAAGCUGAGGAAAGACCACAGAGCACAUCUGGAUGUCAGGAGCCACUGCAAGUAGUAAACAGCAAUAAGGCAGCAUCAGCAGGGUACAGCAGCAACAGUAAUAAUAAUCAUAACAGUAUAAUUGAAUUCCAUAAUACUGGAAACCAGCAUAAUGGAGACAAAGUGUUGUUGUGAAGUUUGUUACUGUAUUUAUAUGUCUUAUUCUGCAGAUCCUCAUGGACAAACCCAGUAGAGUACAGUUCCUUAGUUCAAACCACACACUCUGGAUUGGUUGGGGUUUUAAAACAGACUGUGAGACUGUGCACCUUUUGCAAGAGUGUAUUUCAGAAAUUGUUUUGCUGGAACUUAGUGUUAUGAUGUGCCUUCAGUACUAUUUAAAAUGCCCUAAUGCACUGUAACGGUUUUAAGCACAGCAGGUUUUGUUGCCAAUUCAAAAAAAUGCCAAGCUGCCAAAUUCAUUUGAAUAUGUAUGGAAGAUUAGAUAUAAAAAUGGACAGGAUUAUACAAUCAAACAUAUCUAUAAGAACAACCAAGAACCGUAAGAUCCGACCAUAAUCCAGAUUCCAUUAAAAAUAAACAAAAAUGACUAAAAUAUUGAGGGAACCUAGUGAUGGUGACAGACAUGCAACAGCAGAGGUAAGGUGCAAAACAGGUGGUAUUUUUAUUCACAUCUGUGGCUGGAGAGGUGGUGCAGUAGGGAGAACUUGCAGUGGAUUUGGCAGUUUGAAGCAGGGGGUGACCAAAGGUGCAGGGUGAAGAGUUGGAGUCUAAUUUGGCUGGCUGGCGGCUUUUCCUCCAUCCCCGCAUAAGAGUGAGUCAUCUAAGCUUGAAUGUGUUGAGGAGAAACACACAGAGCAUUAGAUGAGCAUGGUGAAGACAUGCUCACUCUCUGCAGCGUGCACAGCCCUUACAUACCCUGCUGUGAACUCUGGGAGGGUGAAUACCUACGCUGUAAUUAGUGCCUGCCAGCCGUGUUGUGUUAAACUGCUCCUCCUCUGGUGUGUGCGGCACUGUCUUCAGCCGGUGGUGCUGAACCACUGUUGUCUGCUUUCGGUGCACCGACUGGGGGCGCUGUCUUCUUCAGCACAAUGAUGGCGCGAGGAGCGCUUCCAAAGGAGGAGACAGCUCUUAACCCACCAUCGUUAUAAUAUAUUCAGGUCUAGACAGUGCAUGAGAAUAAUACCACCAAUAAAUGAUGUUUUGUGAAGAUCUCAGUGCACACCUGGAGCCCACGCAUGUCUUUUCAGAUAGGAUACAACAAUAUUUAUCUCAAAAUUCAUGCCAAAAAGCAUAUUUGGCACAUCCAGACCUCUACGUUGUGCUUUUAAAAUGUGUCCUGUUCAAACUUGCAGCUGCCUUGAGGUUUGACACUCUGCUGCCAACACAGUAACUCACUGAAGCUUGCAGAACUUUACACCUCUCUUAUUGCUCAUUGUGUAUAACUGUUUUUUUUUAAUUCUAACAUUCUGUGCAGAAUUGUUUUCACAUUAAAAUAAACUGUCUUGUGUGUGA